AUGAAGGCAUGGCUAUACAGCUCCACCAAGGGAGGCCUCGAGAAGAAUCUCGUCUUCUCCCCUGACGCCCGAACCCCAGGAUCCCCACAAGGCGACCAGCUCCUCAUUCGGGUGAUCUCCACAUCCAUCAACCCAGCCGACUACAAGGCCCCCGCAAUGAGCACCGUCUGCGGGAAAGUCCUAAUCGCAACCACACCGGCCAGUCCCGGGAUGGACUUCUGCGGGCGGGUCAUCGCUGUGGGGUCCGAUCCUGCUGCACGGCAGUUUACUCCAGGUCAGCUCGUCUUGGGCUGUCUAGGCAUGCCACGGCAAUUUGGGACUCUGGGAGAAUUCAUACUCGCAAGUGCCAACAAUACUGCUCCAUUGCCGUUAGGCGUGGAUCCAGAUGCGGCUGCUACAAUUGGGGUUGCGGGGCGGUCAUCGUACCAAUCCAUCGUGCCCUAUAUAUCCACUCCAGGUAGCAGGGUGUUCAUAAACGGCGGGUCUGGGGGAUGUGGGGUUUAUGGGAUCCAGAUUGCGAAGUUGUUAGGGUGUCAUGUUACGGUGACUUGUUCUACACGCAACGUGCAGUUCUGUCGCGACCUUGGUGCUGAUGAGGUGAUCGAUUAUACGGCUCAGGAUGUUUUGGAGGUGCUCAAGUCGCAGGGACAAGUGUUUGAUCAUGUUGUUGAUCAUAUUGGGUCGCCUGAGGGUCUCUAUCAGGAAUGCCACUCUUUCUUGAAACCUGGGAAGGUGUUCGUCCAGGUUGGGGCGUCAUCAAUGCUCACGUUCGCUCACCGGCUUAUCCGCCCCUCGUUGCUCGGUGGUGGAAAGAGGAAAUACGUGGCCUUGCUGAUGAAGAGCCAUAAUGACGAGUUUACCCAGAUUGCAAACUGGAUCCGAGAGGGAAAGAUCCGGGUUGAGUUUGAUGCAGUAUAUGAAUUUGAGGACACCGUCAGAGCAUUUGAGCGACUACGUUCGGGGAGGACAAGAGGGAAGAUUGUCAUUCAUGUCACAAGCCCUGACAUACUGAAGACCAUGUGGACAUGCGUAUUCAAAGAAAGGAUAAAAAAGCAAGAAACAGCAGUCAAACAGAAACAUAUAAGGAAAGCUAAUAAGUAA